AUGCACACACUGCGAAUCAUGCUUGUGGCAAUGUCUAUAGUAUUCGCUCUUUUGGCAAUGGUCACAGGAACGGCGUGCUUUUUCUAUCCUUUUCUUUUUGUAGUAAUUUUUGAAUUUGUUAAAUCAUUGGCAUUGUUUGCCUUUCUAACAUUGAAGCUCAGUUGGCCUAGCAAAUAUAGAGCAUUGGUUAAAGAAAAGAAUGACAGUUGGGUUAUGUUAGGGCUGGAAUCGCUACAGGAUUAUGCCAAAAGUACUAGGGAAGACGAUGAACUUGUAUAUCUGUGGUGCUGCUUCUGUUGCUUUUAUUUUGCUUUGUUGACGGUUACUCUUAUCAAAAAUAUUACGGAAUAUCAGAUGGAUGAGAUAUUUUGCGUUGCUGCAAAG